UUACGAUGCCGGAUCUGUUAAUCACAUCAAUUGAUCAUGAAUAAACCUGCCCUAAAACAUAAUAUAAAAAAACAAGGCGUGGCGAAGAGUAUAAAUAAGCUGGUAAAUAAACAGCUUUCAUUAGUAUAUCAUCGAGACUUCACAUAAUGUUAUCACUCUUCGGACAGAGAAUGUUGUUCUCCACUCUGCUGCUGGUGGUUUCAUUACAAAUAGCAGCAUCUCAGACUAAAUGCACCAAAUGGACAAAAUGGUAUAAUAGAGAUACACAGACAGGGACUGGUGAUUGGGAAACUCUUAAAGAUCUUCGUAAAGAGAAUCCAGGCCAGAUUUGUGAAAAGCCAUCAGCAAUAGAUGCUCAAUUAUUAGAUGGUCGACCUUAUACUGCUGGUGGUGAUAAAGUUACUAUUUCUCCAACUACUGGUUUAAUUUGUAAAAAUACAGAUCAAAAUGAUAAAAGAUGUAAUAAUUAUAAAGUUAGAUUCUGUUGUGAUCCAAUCGUUGUAGCACCUGAGUGUAAUAAAUGGACAGGGUGGUACGAUAGAGAUAAUGUAUCGGGUACUGGUGAUUGGGAAACUCUUAAAGAUCUUCGUAAAGAGAAUCCAGGCCAGAUUUGUGAACAACCAUCAGCAAUAGAUGCUCAAUUAUUAGAUGGUCGACCUUAUACUGCUGGUGGUGAUAAAGUUACUAUUAAUCCAACCACUGGUUUAAUUUGUAUAAAUAAAAAUCAAAAUGAUGGAAGCUGUAAUGAUUAUAAAGUUAGAUUCUGUUGUGAUCCUAUCGUUGUAGCACCUGAGUGUAAUAAAUGGACAGGGUGGUACGAUAGAGAUAAUGUAUCGGGUACUGGUGAUUGGGAAACUCUUGAAGAUCUUCGUAAAGAGAAUCCAGGCCAGAUUUGUGAAAAACCAUCAGCAAUAGAUGCUCAAUUAUUAGAUGGUCGACCUUAUACUGCUGGUGGUGAUAAAGUUACUAUUAAUCCAACCACUGGUUUAAUUUGUAUAAAUAAAAAUCAAAAUGAUGGAAGCUGUAAUGAUUAUAAAGUUAGAUUCUGUUGUGAUCCUAUCGUUGUAGCACCUGAGUGUAAUAAAUGGACAGGGUGGUACGAUAGAGAUAAUGUAUCGGGUACUGGUGAUUGGGAAACUCUUAAAGAUCUUCGUAAAGAGAAUCCAGGCCAGAUUUGUGAAAAACCAUCAGCAAUAGAUGCUCAAUUAUUAGAUGGUCGACCUUAUACUGCUGGUGGUGAUAAAGUUACUAUUAAUCCAACCACUGGUUUAAUUUGUAUAAAUAAAAAUCAAAAUGAUGGAAGCUGUAAUGAUUAUAAAGUUAGAUUCUGUUGUGAUCCUAUCGUUGUAGCACCUGAGUGUAAUAAAUGGACAGGGUGGUACGAUAGAGAUAAUGUAUCGGGUACUGGUGAUUGGGAAACUCUUAAAGAUCUUCGUAAAGAGAAUCCAGGCCAGAUUUGUGAGAAACCAUCAGCAAUAGAUGCUCAAUUAUUAGAUGGUCGACCUUAUACUGCUGGUGGUGAUAAAGUUACUAUUAAUCCAACCACUGGUUUAAUUUGUAUAAAUAAAAAUCAAAAUGAUGGAAGCUGUAAUGAUUAUAAAGUUAGAUUCUGUUGUGAUCCACGUAAAUAAUUAUUACUUGUUAUUUUUUGGUGUACCAGCAAUUUCAUCCCUGGAAUACUGCCUCAUAUUUUGAUUUAAAUGAAUCCGGAACGGUUUUGAAUUUUGUUUCUCUUUUUUUUUAUUUCUGAUCAAACUCAGAAUUGAAUUCCUACAUUAUUCUAUUGUAUUCUAAAACCGAAAACACAAUACCUUAGAGCGUAAAGUCUUGUAUGUAUAUAAAGGAAUUUAUAUUUGGAUAUUCAUCAAUCAAACAAGCAUUAAUGAGCUUAGUGUUAUCACUAAUUAUUUUGCUUUACGCACCAAUAUGCUUUGGUUGUCUCGAAUUAAUUGGUAGCCCGAUGAUAAACAGUCAUGAACUUGUUGUCUCUAAAUUAUUUUUCAUUAAAUGAACAUGAACAUAUAUACAAACAGAUCAAAAUACAUGUAAGGUCAGUAAAAAUUAUAUGUCUGUAACGUAUCCGACUGCAAAAUCCAUACUAGGCCAGUGAAAAGCGUGUCAGUAAUAACUAAAUUAAAAUUACAGAUUGAAAAACACCUCCCAUUUAUCAUGAAACCAAGUCUAAUCGCCUAUAUAAUUGUUGUUUUAUAGUUUUGAAUAUUAACUUUACUCUUUACACGUUUUUUUUAUUUCGCUAUAGUUUUAUAUAAUAUUAUAUUAAAAUGUCUAUUGUAUUUUAAACUUGA